AAAUUUCCUGCGUGCGCGGCUCGGGCGGGCGCGGCGGGGCUGCGCGCUGCGCUGCGCUGCGCAGGGCUGUGCUGCGCGGGUGCUGCGCGGCGAUGGAAGACCCCCGAGGACGGCUGCUGGGGCUGCUGCUGGGGCUGCUCUCCUUCCUCGCCUCCCGCGGAGGGACAUCGGCAUUCCAGGUGACGGCCCCAUACACGCUCUGCAUCUGUCCUGAGGGCCAGAAUGUCACCCUGAGCUGCCGGGUGAGUGGGCCGCCCGCCGACCACCAUGACCUCAUCUUCAAAACCUGGUACUUCAGCAAUGACGGUGACCAGAGCUGCUCCGAGAAGCGGCACAUCCGCAACCUGACCGAGAGGGAGCUGCGCCAUGAUCCCAGCCGGCACCACGGCACCGCAGCCAACAGCACCGUGAGGUCCCCCCAUGGGUCACCAGGUGGUCACCGUGGUGUGGAGUUCGUUCCCGACCACCAUGGGGCUUUCCACAUCGUGGUGAUGAACCUGACGCUGCAGGACAGCGGGAAUUACUGCUGCUAUGCCGUGGAGACGCGGCGGGAGCAUGGGAAGGUCCAUACCCCGCAUGUAGCACACAGCUUUGUGGAGCUGCAGAUCCAGAGGGGUAGAGGAGCACUUCAGAACUGCACCUUUCACACUGGCACCAGCAAAGAUAUCACGGCCGCUGUGCUGGCGACAGGCGCCUGCAUCGUGGGCAUCCUCUGCCUGCCCCUCAUCUUGCUCCUGAUUUACAAGCAGCGGCAAGCAGUCAGCCACAGACGUGCUCACGAGCUGGUCCGAAUGGAGAGCAGUGCCCAGGGCAUCGAGAACCCCGUCUUCGAGGCGCUCCCUGCGGGCAGUGCUGAGCAGCGGCCCCGGCCCCAGCUCUCCUACCUGGGCGGGCGGCAGCUCUCCGAGUCUGGCCGUCAUCUACUGUCUGAGCCCAGCACCCCGCUGUCCCCACCGGGCCCCGGGGAGUGCUUCUUCCCCACACUGGACCCUGUUCCCGAUUCACCAAAUUCCUUGAAAGCCUGAAGAGCCCGAUGGCCAGCGCGACAGAGGGCACCAUGCCGUGGUUGUGCUGGAGGGGAUGCAGCUAGGGUGGGCAGCAGCUCCCACACAGCCACCCCCAGUGGGAAAAUUAAAAAUAAAUCGAAUAAAGACCUCCACACUUUCCUCUCCCCACUGCCUGGACACCAGCCACUGGUUUUCCCUCACAUUACAAGGAGCACGCAGGACAGCGAGGACAACGGAGUGAGCCUGAUCACAGUCGUUAUUAUGCACCAGGCAGUAGAGAAGGGGAGGAUGCCAAUAAAAUCAAACAACAGCAAAGUGCCUUAAGAAAUUGAGUCAAGCCCAGGAGCCCUGCCUGUUUCUUCUGUCCCAGUGACCUCUCUUGCUUGGGCUUUGGGUUUUACUGCCUAUUUCCAUGGUGAAGAGCACGGAGAGGAACGAUUAAGCGCAGCCUGUGCAAGGAUGUACGCUACUGACUUUCAUUGAUUGUGGAUCUCACCUUGUGCCUAAAUCCCAGAGGAUGCAAAAGAUGGGAGGAAGAGCAGCUCCGGGCCCUGGGAGCCGCAUCUCCCGCUCCUCCUGCCAGCCUCCCCCAGCACUUAACUUAUUGCCAGGGGCUCCACCUGCGCGGCGCUCACCCAUCCUGCUCCUUUGGACGGCACAUCCUUUCCAGGAGCAUAUGGUAAAGUACUUGAAGCACCACGAGACAAAACAGUGGCACCGGCCAACUUUACAUGAAGGGUUUGUUUGCAAAACAGGAAGGGGAGAGGCUCACUCCUGCUGCAGGAGCCCUCCUGCCCCACUGCCUGCUGGCACAGCCUGCAGCCAGAGGGCUGUUUGUGCUGUGAUUCUGUACUCAGCUUGAGAACAGUAGGAUUUGUCUUUCUGUUUGUGUCACUAUCAGUGCUGAUUUUAAAAAAAAAAAAGGAUGCCCAUUUUUUUUUAAACUAGUAAGUCAGAUAGGUUGUCUGCAGGGUGCUGGAGGAUUUUCUGGCUCUGUAUGCAGCUGCACUGGCAUCACCCUCGCUGCAAAACUGAGCAGUCCCAGGGCACUGAAACAACCGGAGCCAUGCAAGCAAAGCCUGCCUGUGCAGAGCAUCCCUGGUACAGCAGGCUGCCCAACUUCAGUGGCACAAAGCCACCAUGGGAAGGCUGUGCCUUUAUGGGGAGGAAGGUUUAAUGCACUGUAUGGCUUAAGAAAAAAACACAAAGAGGCGUGCAAGCCACUGGGCGGGUAGAAGUGUGAGGAUUUGCAAGCUGUGACCUGUGCUGCAACUUGCAUCACGUUUCCUCCAAAUGUAGAGCAGGGCUUUGCAGCCAGCAUGCUGCCAGGAGAUGCGUGAGAUCGGGAGAGAUAAGGGCGAGGUGAAGGCGAGGAGAGGCGAGAUGGCAGCGAAGUCGUGCUGUGCUGGGAGCAAUGUGUGCUUGCAUAUGGGUGUUUGCUCACACAUCUCCCUGGGUUCAGCAUCCUGAGACCCUUCUCCGUUUUGGUGUGAGCCGGCGGGCAGGACAACCCCUGCUUGCUCAUGGGUGUGCUUGGAGUUUUCAGCUCAUACAGAUAAGAAAGAGCACAGAACUUCUGCUUAAACCACUUCAGAGCAGAGGUGGGGGUAUGAAACACAGUGCGUGAGACACAACCGAGGGCACGUGCUGAAAGCAGCGGUGAGGCGGCACCUCCCAAAAGCAACCAGAAAGAGUCCAGGGCACCGCAUGUGCCGAGGAUGGACUCCAAACCACAACCUGAAGCAACACACCAACAUGUGACCAGACCGUCAAAUUAUCACCGGAGAGCUUUGCAUCCACCCCCUCCUGCAUCCAUCUCCACGCAGCGUCCCAGCGCUCCACCCCUCAACCCGUGUCCCGGUGGCUCACCGACAGCGAGGGGUUGCCCUCGUCCUCCACAGUGACCAGCAGGCGGUAGGAGCUCUGCCGCUCGCGGUCCGGCGGGGAGGGCCGCGUGGCGAUCUCUCCGGUGACGCGGUCCAUGCGGAAGGUGAGGUCCUCGUUCCCGCGGGUGAUGUAGUAGGACAGGACGCUGUUGAGGCCGGCAUCCCGGUCAGUGGCACGCACCUGGACCACCGCCGUGCCCCCACCCACGUUCUGCAGGGGUACACAUAUGGAGGCACGAUAUGACAUAGAGAAAACAUCAUACAUAACAUUCGUAACAUCAUUCUCAUAUAGAGUGGGAUUUCCCAGGCAGUGCGCUGCUCUAGGCUUGAAACUCCAUCCCGACACCCAGCAAAGCAGGGGCUGUCCCCCUUGGGAUGAAACCCUUGGGAUUCUUGUCGCAGACAGCCGUGCAUUAGGCACUAUCUAGGCUCUUUAAGUGUAAAACCUGAAGGUGGUGGCUGUGUAAUGCACUCAGAGCUCAGCUAAUUAUUUCUAGAUGGUCCCAUUACAGGGGAAAUCAAAAGAGAAAUUCUGUUUUUUGACCAGCUCCAACCAUGUAUUACAGAGAUAAGGAAAUCCUAACAGGGCAAUAAUGUUAAUGCAAAACUAUUCAUCAUGAGCAGCACUCCCACGCAUCCGAGUGUCACUGACUAUCACUUAUAUUUCAUUUUUCACCCUCAAAUGGAGAGCCCCUGGCCCAGGAAUUAAACCGGCAGGAAAUAAGUUGCCUUUUUUUU